UCCUGCAACCUGUAAGGACAUGGCAGCCUUGUGGCGCUGGGAUAUGGCUGAGUGGUGACUAGUGUCGGUUUCCCAGGCGGUUAUAAGGAGCUGCAGCCGGCAUGGCAGACAGAGAUACACAAAAGUCAAGGAUAAGAUCCACAUCCUCCAGUGAAGACAAAUCAGACAGAGGAAGGGGAAAGAGGAAAAGAAAACGCAGCCGAAGCAGAUCUUCAUCUGUGUCGUCUGCUUCAACUUCAUCUUCAUCCUCCUCGUGCUCCUCCUCCUCUUCCUCCAGCAGUCGGAGCAGCUCCAAUAGCCGAGAAUCAACUAAACCUAAAUCAAAGAAAACCUCAAAAGAGAAACCUAACAAAAAGAAGUCUAAAAAACAGAGCAAGUUAAAGAAAAAAAAAGAGAGAAAAAAAAAGAAAUCCGAAUCUUCACCUGUACAAAUAUCUAAGUACCUGAAAGACAAAAAAAGAAAUGAAAACUACAGCAUGAUUACAGGGAAGAAGAUAAAAAUGAAAGUGAAAAAAACUAAAGAGGAUAAAGAGAGGGACAGAAACCGUGCUCAGCUUCUGGAUUUCUUGAACUCUUCCAUGUGAAAAAGAACCAG